CUCGCUGCUCCCGGCGCCCCCAGCUCCGCGGACGAGGACCGCUGGGCUAGCGGCUGAGGGCGCGGCCGCUCCGGAGAGGCCGAGAGGGAGUGGCUCCGAGAUGGCCCAGACAGCGGGCUCUUUGGCGGUGGGCGCCCUACACGCGGGCUGGACCCUGGUACAGCUCCGGAGCUGGUAGCUUUCUGAAGCCAGAUGGACCUUGACCUGUGCCGCGGCACCGCGUUUGUGCCAAGCCGAGACUAGAGGGGCACGGACGGGGCGCACCCCGGGAGGACACCGGAGUCCCAGGCCGCGCUCGCCAUGAAGAUGAUCCUGGUGAGGAGGUUCCGUGUGCUCAUCCUGAUGGUGUUCCUCGUGGCCUGCGCGCUGCACAUCGUGCUGGACCUGCUGCCCAAGCUGGAGAGGCGCACCGCGCGGCCCUCCGGGGAGCCAGGCUGCUCCUGCGCGCAGCCAGCUGCCGAAGCGGUGGCACCAGGUUGGGCCAAGGCUAGGGGCCGCCCCGGGGAGCCUCCGGCCGCAGCUUCCGCCACGGGCGAUGCGGGCUGGCCCAACAAACACACGCUGCGCAUCCUGCAGGACUUCAGCUCUGACCCGUCCUCCAACCUCACGUCCCACUCUCUGGAGAAAUUGCCGCCAGCGGCGGAACCGGCCGAAGGCGCCUUGCGGGGGCAGGAUCCUGUCACUCCCCGACCCCCAGACUUGGUGCACCGGCCGCUGCUCAGAGAUCCUGGUCCCCGCCGUUCCGUGCUGCCCCCUGGCUCUAGUGGGGACAGUUCCCUCCUGGCCAGAUUGUUCGAACACCCACUCUACCAGCUGCCUAUUCCACAGAUAACUGAGGACGACGUCCUGUUCAAUGUGAACAGUGAUAUCAGGUUCAACCCCAAGGCUGCAGGGGAGAAUCCAGACUGGCCACAUGAUGGUACUGAAGAUGAAGGAUUCCUUCCCACCGGGGAAGCAGCUGUGGACUCCUAUCCCAACUGGCUCAAAUUCCACAUCGGUAUUAACCGGUAUGAGCUAUACUCUAGACAUAACCCCGCCAUCCACGCCCUGCUGAGGGACCUCGGAGCUCAGAAGAUAACCAGUGUCGCCAUGAAGUCGGGGGGCACGCAGCUCAAGCUCAUCAUGACGUUCCAGAAUUACGGGCAAGCACUGUUCAAACCCAUGAAGCAGACACGGGAGCAGGAGACACCCCCCGACUUUUUUUACUUCUCUGACUACGAGAGGCACAAUGCGGAGAUUGCAGCCUUCCACCUGGACAGGAUCCUGGAUUUCCGUCGGGUUCCUCCAGUGGCCGGCCGGAUGGUCAACAUGACCAAGGAGAUUCGGGAUGUUACUCGGGACAAGAAGCUGUGGAGGACCUUCUUCAUCUCUCCAGCCAACAACAUCUGCUUCUAUGGGGAGUGUUCCUACUACUGCUCCACAGAGCAUGCCCUGUGUGGGAAGCCCGACCAGAUUGAGGGCUCGCUGGCGGCCUUCCUGCCAGACCUGUCCCUGGCCAAGAGGAAGACAUGGCGAAACCCCUGGAGGCGCUCCUACCACAAACGCAAGAAGGCAGAGUGGGAAGUGGAUCCCGACUACUGUGAAGAGGUGAAGCAGACGCCUCCCUACGAUAGGAGCCAUCGUGUCCUGGACAUCAUGGACAUGACCAUUUUUGACUUCCUUAUGGGAAACAUGGACCGCCAUCACUAUGAGACAUUUGAGAAGUUUGGAAAUGACACGUUCAUUAUCCACUUAGACAACGGAAGAGGGUUUGGAAAAUAUUCCCACGAUGAGCUCUCCAUCCUGGUGCCUUUACAGCAGUGCUGCAGGAUCAGGAAGUCCACCUACCUGCGGCUGCAACUCCUGGCCAAGGAAGAGUACAAGCUGAGCCUGCUGAUGGCAGAGUCCCUGCGGGAGGACCGGGUGGCCCCCAUCCUGUACCAGCCACACCUGGAAGCCCUGGACCGUCGGCUUCGCAUCGUGCUGCAGGCCGUCAGGGACUGCGUGGAGAAGGAUGGGCUGGGCCGCGUGGUGGAGGACGACCUGGGCCCUGAGCACAGCACACUGCCCACCCAGAGGUAGUGACCAGCCCCCGCCGGCCCACUGCUGAGAACACAGCGCCCAAGGGAAGUCAGUGGAGUUGAGACUGGAAGGGACCCUUGGGCACAUGCAGGGCCCUUCACAGUGGGCCCAACUGGAUUUGCUCACUGUUUCCAGACCAGAAGAAGUCAGAGGGAGUGCUGGUGCUCAUGGACAGGCGGCCUGGCGGCAGACACCCACCUUUUGUAGGAAGGAAGCCUUUAUUUACUAUUUUGUAUUUAUAUAUGGUGUAUAUGUAUAUAAAUAGCAACGUCUCUACCGACCUGGACCAUCUACCAAGUUAAUGGAAGGACACCUUCUUCCCCCAAGGUGCUCUGGACCUAACCGAACUUAAAACCCUUUUCCUCCUCCUGUCCUGGUACACUUAGAGGGCAAGUCUGCAGGAGGCUUCUGUUGGCCGUAGUGGACUUGCAUUGUGAGGAUCACUUUCAGUUUCAGAGUGACAUAGAUGGAUGUAAAUGACCUUGCCCUUGGCCAGUUAGUGGGCCCAGGGCUUUCCUGGCGGCAGAGCGGUGCCACCUCCUUCUGAUAGUGGCUGUUACAGGGGUCCUCUGUGGCCUUGGCGGCAGGCCUACCUUUGCAGCAUUUUUGUGGAGUAGUUUGCAAUGUGGUAAAAGUGCAAUAAAGAUAAGGCAAAUGUGUAUUGGGGGGUCUCACUGAGGUCCAGGUAUCCCUUACACUAUAGUGCUGGCUGCCUGCCUGCCCAUUCUCCCAGAAAAGCAAAUCCUGGACCAGGUGUGGCCAAGGCUCUGCAGAGGUGGCCUGGUGCCUGGGCUGGGGCCUGGAGUAACACUGGAGUGCUCCAAAGGCAAGAGGUAGGUGGGGGCAGUGCCUGCCCUACUUUCCAUGUGAUGGGAGCAAGCUGGGCAGAGACCCCCAAAGACCUGGACCAGCCCCACAGGGGCAGUAUUCUGUCUAAACAGCCUUAGUACUGUGUGGGCACACUGUAUUUACUGGCAGGAACAGGGACAGUGGUGGCUGGCCUGGCUUCAGGAACUGCCCACACAGGGCUACUCAGAGCCAAGGUAGCUUGAAAGAUGCCAGCCCCUCCAAGCAAUGCACCCCCACCACUGGCCCCAGGCCUGAAGUCCACUUCCAGUGAGUCUCCUUCCAACAGUUGCCAAGAGCAUUUCCUGCAUGCUGAGUGUGCUGAGCACAGGGUACUACAAAGUCUUGUGCCUGGAGGUAGUGGGGAAACCUGGGGGUUGAGGGCUCACUAUGAACCUCACUGUGGUCCUGUGGGGGCAGAGCCAGAACCCCAGCUUAGCCGUGCCACAGUGCCUUCUCUCCAACAGCCUCCAUAGGAGCUCAAAUGCACCAUUAGAGUGUAGAGCUGACUAUUCCUGGCCAGGGAGAGGAUGUGGGAGAGGCCAAUCCUUGAUGGCCUUGGGACUCUGGUCAUGCCUCUGCCCUCCCCAGGGAGCUGGGAUAUUGGGAAGCGGUGGGAGAGUCCCCCACCUAAGCACCUCCUUGCUGCACUACUUGCAGGGGUCAGGGCUUCAAGGGGGAGACCAGCAGGGGUCUGUGAGGCCAGAGGAGAGCAGCUGAUUGGGUGGGAUGUGGGGCCUGACAGUAACAGCCUGCUUAUGGAUUAGGAAUGGAAAGCGGGAUGACUCAGCCCUGGUGAACGCCCUCACCCUCUGCAGGAAGAUGCAGACUUCAGGGGCCACUUCAUCACAUUACUCCAUUAUUUUCUUGGGCUUGUGGGCUAGCCUGCCUUACCCAGGCAUAGUUCAGGGAUCUGGGUGAGUCCCCAGUGUCCUGGCUGGGGCUCACAGAGUUCAGAGCCUGGGCUUUGCCAUUCCAAGAACCCAAAUCAACUUCUCCUUCUUGGGCCUCGGUUUUCCCAUUUGCAAAAAGAGAAAAAUAAAAUCAACCUUGCAAUUUUGCUUUAGAGACCAGUAAUAAUUGAUAAUGACUGCUUUGCUCCUACUACAUGCCAGGGUGGGGCCAUGGGAGAGACAGACAAGCCCUGUCUCCAUUAUCAGGCACAAACAACUCACAGACCAGACCACCAUAAAGAGUAGCAAGCGUGGCAGAGGGAAACAAGCUCCCCGGAGACGUCUAGGCAGGGCAGUGAGAGAAGGGGUCAUCCCCUGAAUUGAAUCCUCCAAGUUCACAGGUUGGAGCCCUAACCCCCAACAUGACUAUAUUUGGAUAUAUAUUUAAAGGGAAUUAAGGUUAAAUGAGAUCACAAGAGUGGGCCCUGACUCCACGGGACUGUGACCUUAAAGAAGGGGCACAUCUCUCUCUGCCAACCCAGAGGAAGCCAGGAAGGAGACCAACCCUGGCUUUACCAGAAACCAGCGAUGCCAUCAAACAUCCAGCCCCCAAACUAGGAGACAUAAAUGCUACUGUUUAAGCCGCCCACCUGUGGCAUCAUAAGAAAUAGAGAUUUGGGUUUUGUUCCCAGUUCCUGACAGAAAGUCCCUUGGGAUUUCCUUAGAGAGGAGUGUCUUUUAUCGAGGUGGGUGCUGGCCACCAGAAAGGCCAUGGCGGGAUUGCAGUGGGUGCUUUCAGGCCCACCUCAGACCUGAGAGGCGGGGAUGGCUAACCACCAGCAGCUAAUUAUUUAAUCAGCUGUAGUGGCAGGAAGGCACAGAGCAGGUCCUCUAUGGAUCUGGGUAGAUGGUAAAGGCGUGUCCUGGAGCCCUCAGUGGCUUUUUCAAGCUUUUCAUGUUCUUCCUAUGCCACUUAUAGUGCGGCAACCAGGCACAGGGCAGGCAGGGGGACAGGAGGGCCGGGGUGCGGGGAGACUGGCAGGCCCCUCCCAGCCCCCGGAGAAUCUUUACUCUCUGGGCUCUCUCUGGCAUGAUCUCGUGGUCUCUUCCUCUUGUAGCCCUUCCACCGCUCUCUGCUGCACCAUCCUCCACUGCCCUUACAUGCUCAGCCUCCAGACUCAGGUGUGGCCACUUACGCACACCCACACCUAACUCCAGGUGUCCACCAUCAGGCCUGAGUAUCCCAAGCCCACACUCCCAAAUGCCUCCUGCAUUCAAGGCUGCCAGUGAUAGCCACAGAGGCCGACGGUGCAAAAACCUGAGCAACCUUCAUUUAUCCUACAUCAGCCAAGACUACAUAGUGAGACCUCCAUAAAUACCCUACACAGUGGGGCUCUGAGAUUCUCUGGCUUGGUGACUGCAUGCAGGAGGGCAGCGUGAAAGGGCCUGGAAGCCCUCCCCCACCCCCUGGCUUGCCCUGAGUACCUGCAUCUGGGUAUCCUGAGUGAUGUCCUUUUAUAAUGAACCAGUAAUCUACGAAGUAAAGUGUUUUCCUGAGUUCUGUCAGUCAUCCAGCAAAUCAUCAAGCCUGGGAGGAGUCACAGGACUCCUAUUUAUUGACCAAUCAGUCAGAAAACAGGUGUCAACCUGGGAGUUAAAACUGGUAUCUGAAGUGGGGUUCUAUCGUGAGGCUGAGCUUCCAGCUACAGGGUCCCUGCUGCCUCCAGAUAGUACCAGAACUGAGCUGGCUGUUGGGUGGAAAAUCCAUGCAUU